GGUGGUGGGGCAGGAAAAACCGAGUCCGGAACACAAGAAGGAAACUAAAAGCUGUCAGACGAGUUUCCACCUUUCUGGAGAUGAAUGGAGUGAUCCGGGAAGUCUGUGCUCUCCGAGACGCGCAAGGAAAACUUUCCAACUUCUGCUAUGUUGUGUGAAAAAAAAAAAAAAAAAAAAUGACAGCCCACACAUAGAAAAACUAUCGGAGCGGCAGAGCAUUAAUUUUAGCUAGUUUUGUCGCCUAAGAAGAAAUGGCGUCGGAGGUGCAAUUGAACGGGAAAGAACUUUUGGAAGUUGACAUAUGCGACGGCGGCGUGUGCUCCGAAGACGAGAGCGGCGUGUUUGUCCACUCUGCCGCCUCCCUCCAGGAUGAUUUCUCCGGCUUUCAGCAGUGGACGAGCUCUGCCGAGUCAUCAAAUGACACAUCAUCACCUCCGGGACAGCAGGAGGUCCCCAGCGAACGCGGUGCUCCGCCUGGCGCCGUUGCUGCCGCCCAAACGGCCGACGAGACCGGAGACAGCGACUCGGAGUCCCAGGUCAACGGUCUUAAAGCUCCGAGGACUUCCAUAGUGGACUGUCUCUUGGUGGAGCUUUAUGAAACCUACAGUGGAGGCAGCAGGAGGAAUGUGGACAGCUGGGACAGCUCCACCGAGGCGUCCGGAUCAGAUGCUUUCCUGGGCCGCAGUAACUCCGGGGCCAGCUUCCUCCAGGAGCUCCAGGAGAAGCACACCAGGAGGCAUCAGAUGAACUACCUGGCCCAGAAAGCCCCCGAAGAGCUGCAUUCAAUCAUCCAGGAGGGGAGAUAUCGUACAGCCCUGCAGUCGGCCAAGCUGAUUCGCCAGCUGAAGAGACGGGACCGACUUUGUCACAAACUGCAGAAGAACUAUGACAUUAUCACGGCGUGUCUUCAGGCUGUCUCACAAAAACGACGAGUUGACACGAGGCUGAAGUUCACCAUUGAACCAUCGCUGGGGAAGAAUGGAUUCCAGCAGUGGUACGACGCCCUUAAGGCAGUGGCUAGGCUUCCUACCGGGAUACCAAAGGAAUGGAGGAAUAGGGUUUGGCUAACACUAGCAGACCAGUACCUCCACAGUAUCUCCAUCGACUGGGAGAAGACGCUUCGCUUUGCCUUUAACGAGCGUAGCAACCCGGACGAUGACUCCCUUGGCAUUCAAAUCGUCAAGGACCUACACAGGACUGGCUGCAGUUCUUAUUGUGGCCAGGAGGGGGAGCAGGACAGGGUGGUGCUGAAGAGGGUGCUGCUCGCAUACGCCCGCUGGAAUAAAACUGUGGGUUACUGCCAAGGAUUCAAUGUACUGGCUGCUCUCAUUCUGGAAGUGACAGAGGGCAGUGAGAGUGAUGCACUUAAGGUGAUGAUAUAUCUGAUUGACAAAGUGCUGCCAGAGAGUUAUUUUGCCAACAACCUUCGAGCAUUGUCAGUGGACAUGGCGGUGUUCAGAGACCUGCUGCGUCUAAAGCUGCCCAGACUGUCGCAGCACCUCCACCACCUUCAGAAAGCUGCCAACAGAGUGUCUGGAGGCAGUUACGAGCCUCCGCUGACCAACGUCUUCACUAUGCAGUGGUUCCUCACCAUGUUCGCCACCUGCCUGCCGGCGUCCACUGUGCUGAAGAUCUGGGACUCCGUUUUCUUCGAGGGGUCCGAGGUGCUGUUCCGGGUUGCCCUCGCCAUCUGGGAGCGACUGGGAGAGAGGAUCGAGUACUGUCAGACAGCAGAUGAGUUUUACAGCACGAUGGGUUGCCUCACUCAGGAGAUGCUGGAGCACAACCUCAUCGAUCCUGCUGAACUCAUGCAGGAGGUUUAUUCCAUGGCAGUGUUUCCUUUCCCUCAACUGGCUGAGUUGAGAGAGAAAUACACCUACAACAUCACUCCGUUCCCUACCUCAGUCAAAUCCAAUGGAAGUGGUGGUCUGGGCAGCUGGGAGAGCGACGACGACGCCGACAUGGAUGAUGAAGACUCAGUGGUGACCGCACUCGGUUGUCUGGGGCCCCUGGGUGGCCUACUGGCCCCUGAGCUGCAGAGAUACCAGAAACAUAUCAAAGACCAGCGAGCAGAGCAGGGAAACAUCGCAGAGCUGAGCCCGGGAGCGGUUGGAGCUGGAGGGGCAGCUGGAGGAGGAGGAGGUGGAGGUGGAGGAGGUGCCAGGGCGGAGCAUCAAGCGGCCAUCAACAGCAUGAUGAUGGAGAGAAUGAGCACCGACAUCUGCGCCCUGAAGAAGCAAUAUGCGCGGAUCAAGAGGCGGCAGCAGCAACAGGCUAUGCAACUCUACAUACGCACAGACAAGUGCCCAGCCACCCGUGUCCUGGCCUCCCAACUCAACCCCUCCAGCUCUGUGAUCAACCACCUCCUCCUGGGUAGGAAACCACAUGGAAGUCCCUGGGGAUCCAGACCCACAUCCACUAGCACGUGCACACUACCAGGGGCUCGACAUGCUUUUCUGUCCGAGAGUCAGGGCUCCCUGGCCAGGCAGCACUGUGGCUCAUUGCCCUCCAACAGUAGUGGAUCUCCUGGGAGCUCUUUGGGAGGGACUGGGUCACCUUGGCGUGCUCAUGUUAGGGUUCAUCGGAGAAAUAUAGCCAGGGCUCGAGCACAGCUGGGCUUUGGAGAUUCAGAGGAAAGGGAAAUUGAGGACGAAGGAGGAUCAGUGGGAUUGGAGGGUGAAGAGGAGAGAAGGAUUGAGGAAAACAAGAGAGAUGAUGAGGAGCAGAGAGAGGGGAGCGACAUCUCUGUCGCUUCAUCUCCUGAUCCCUCUGUUACAGGGUCUGUAUGUCAAAAGGCUCCACAGGUUGCAGAUGAGACAAAAGAAGCAGAAGUUGCAGAGGUGGUGGUGCAACUGGACUCCCUGGAUCUAGAGGACGAGUCAAACCUGACCUCCCCCAUCAAUGCAAACCCAGAUACACAACCUACACUCCCAGAGUCUAACACUGCACCCCAAGUCCCUCUUCUCCCUCCUCCGCCGUCCUCAAACAGACACACAGAGUCCGACUCCUCAGGUUCAGAACGAAACCCUGGCUCUGACAUACAAUUUCCCUCCAUUGCUUUACCUCCACCUCACCACUCCUCUAACUCCUGCAUCCCCUCUUCCUCCCCUUCCACCCCAAGUCCAUCCCCCUCCCCGGUCCCAUCAUCGGCUUCUCUAGGUCCAUCCUGCUCAUCCUCUCCUACACUACCCUCCACCCCAACACCAAAUUCCACAUCCCGCCUCCCAUCCUCUUCAUCAGCCAAUGGCUUAUCUGCUCUCUCUCUGCCUGCCUCCUCCACCUUUUACAAAACUUCCUGCCCUUCCACACCUUCACUCUCCUCUGUCUCCUUAUCUUCCAAAUCUCAUAUCUCCUCCUCCCCGUCAACCCCAGUGUUCUCCUCUGCCACGUCCACUCCUAAACAGCAAGUCUUCUCCCCGUUCCCUUGCAUAAAACAGCCGAGGAAAUCGGUCGCAGCCAGAAACCUCGGUCUCUACGGUCCCACAUCCAGAACACCCAACGUACACUUCCCCCAGCUCAGCCGCAACCUCAACCGCAGUAGUGCUGCCGGCACCACCGGGAGGCGUUGAAAACCUGAGCACUCCUAAACUGAUGCUGGAAACACACAGUUGUUACAUGAUAUGAAAAAUCAUUCUAUAGUUACACCGUGUUGCCUCCUGCAUAUCAAGAAAAAUAACCCAUACCUUAUUUGAAGUAGAGGGAAAGUUCUGGAAAUGUGAAGUUCAAACAUGCGGAGAAAUGGCCUAAUUAUCAAUACAGAGGUGGGAAGGUUGUGGUUCACCUGACAGAGGGGUCAUCCUGACAUUCACAAGCCAUUAUAGACAAACAUUAAAGAACCAGUUGUCGAUUAAGUGUGAAGGAAAUUUCCUCGAGGUUUUUUUGUUGUUUCAACUGCACCGAAUCUUUAAAGCUGGGGAGUUUGGAACAGAGGACUAUAGGACUAUCACAGUAUCAAGCCCUUUACAGUGGCCUAUGCAGGUCCUUCUUGACCAUAAUUCAUACAUGAUAAAAUAAAAAAAUAAAAAAAAGAUAAGACACCAGAUGUGAGGGUAAACUAUGCUUUUACAGACUCUCUACAAAGUGUCUUCGGUCAGGCACUAAGUUACACUGCAUUUGUGCUGGGCUUCUGCAUCUCUUCAACGGCAGUGUGUGAUCUCUAAUAGGGGUUCUCCCUGGACUGACACAUGAAGAGUCUCUGGCCUGGACAAAUGUUUACUUCUGGACUCACAAAGAACAUCUAUGCGAUAACACAAUAGCCAUCCAGUUAUUUCUAUGCCAAGAAUUUAAAGAAAUAACUACCCAGGAAAUAAGAUAUACCUAAGAAUUUAUGUAAAUGAAGAAUCAUGGAAACAUAUUGUAUGUGUGCCCAAAAAACACACCCAAUCAUAAAACUUGAUGUGAUGUCCUGAAGCACUCAGCAUUUUUUGUUCUCUGUGAAAUCAUUCUCCGUGUGUAUUCUUGUCUGUGUCUCAACUGUUGAACAUGAAAAAUGUAAUGUCUCGAUAAAUGAAGUAAGUGUGAAUGAGAAUGCUAAUGUGACUCACACUGAUUGUCGCCAAGUUUUGUUUUGACCAACUGGAGGUUGAAUACAGUGUAAAUUAAAUAUGGCAAAUUUAAAUAUGAGACAAGGUUUUCAUUCUGAAACAUAACGGGGAUAUAACUGUUGUUCAUAUACAUUAAAUGUGAUGCUUUAUAAGGCAGUGGCAGAAAAAUGACUAUAUCAAAUCACACAAGUAGCGGUAUUCACAUGAAAUAAACUUGUACAGCACUUUAAAGGGACCUUAUUUAAUGCUGGUUUCCAGUAUAAAUAGCCCAACCUUACUGAAAACAUUCUUAUUUGGAACCUUACCACAAAGCCGCUGUUUGUCAUUGGACUUUAAAUGCAGUCCAGUUAGGCUAAUAAAAAUAAAUACAUCUUAGAAGAUGGAAAAAUCCCAGUACGGUCA